AUGGAGGGCCAGCCGCGGAUCACGCUGUAUAGGGAGCCGCUCACGGUGCUCUGGCACUUCUCUGCGGCCCUCGGGGAGGGCGUGGGCGCGGCUCUCCUCCAGGCCUGGCGCAGCAGGACCGCGCGCUUCGUUCUCGGGGUCCCGCUGAUCAUCUACGUGUCCGUCAAAUCCAUGGGAGGCGUGCCUGGAACCUCGCUAGACGACCACGUCGUCGCGCAGUGCGAGUACUGGGCCACAUUCGCUAUCUGGUGGUGCGGGCUGGGCGUGCUGUCCUCGAUCGGCAUGGGCAGCGGCCUGCAGACGGGUCUGCUAUUCUUGAUUCCCCAUAUCCUAAAAGUGUGCAUCACGGCAGAGCGGUGCGGCAACACCGGGUUCCCGAACACGCAAGACAUGUGGUGGCGCGACGCCGGCUUCGAGUGCCGCGACCCCCUCCCCGAUCCACACAUCUCGAUCUCUGAGAUAUGGCAGAAGGUCGUCGGGGCGUCGAUGCUGUGGGGCCUCGGCACCGCCCUCGGCGAGGUCCCGCCCUACCUCCUCUGCUACUCCGCGCGCAAGGCCUCGCUCCUGUACGAGCAGCAGACCCAACCUGCCGCCCCUGUGCCUGGGGACCAGAUGCCGGAGAAACUGCGGCCGCUGUGCUCGCCCGCGAUCCAGGGCGUCGAGCGGUCGCCGCUCGCCGAGCAGUUCGGCCACAUCCAGCCGGGGACGCCCCCCCCGCCGUCGACGUCUCUGGUGUCGCGGAUGUGGAGCGGUUUUUCGUCGCGAAAUCGGAGCCCGAUGCGCGGCGUGGACGUCCCGGGCACGACGCCGCCCGAGGGCGGCGGCCCGCUCUCGAUCGGCCGCGCGAGCAUCACGGACGAGCUCCGCGGGCUCGACGCCGACAAGCUCUCCACCCUCGACGUCCUCCGGCGCGUCCCGGAGUACCUCUACAGCCGCGUGGCAGGGUUGAUGAUGGAGCUCAUCCGGGUGUACGGGUUCUGGGGCGUUCUGCUGCUGUCCUCGGUGCCGAACGCGCUGUUCGACGUGUGCGGCGUGGUCUGCGGGCACUACCUGAUGCCGUGGAAGGAGUUCGUUGCCGCGGUGGCGCUCGGAAAAGCCGUGGUGCGCGUCAACCUCACCACGCUGAUGUACAUUUCAAUGUUCCGGCGGUCGUCGCGCGACUGGCUGCUGUCGGCGCUCGAGCGCGUCCUCCCCGCGCGCCUCCCCGGCUGGCUGCUCCCGGAGUGGCUGGAGACGGCGACGAGCGAGGGCGGCGGGGCGACGCUCAUCGCGGUGCUGCACCAGGCGAUCAACGCGAAGAUUCGGGCGUUCGAGGACCGCGUGCUGGCGGCGGGCGCCGCGGUGGAGGCGGCCGCGAAGGGCGCGGAGGCGGCGGCGGCGGCGGCAGAGGGGGAGGGUUGGUGGGAGCGGUACGCGCAGCUGCCGUCCGCGUGGAGCUUGGUGAUGUACGGGUCGAUGGCGGCGUUCCUGGUGACGUCGCUGGAGGGCGUCGCGCAGCAGCGAUUCGAGGCGCGGCGGCGGAUGGAGGUGCAGUGCGGGUACGGCGCGGAGGGGGGGGAGUUGAGAGGAACUGAGGGGGGGGAGUGA